AUGCUGGGAGUAUUCGAAGAAAUCAUCGAAUCGAAGACAAAGAUGACAACCGCCAAAUUUCACGUCGCAAAAAGGGACAAUGGCAACUUACUUUGCUCAGAAACUGCAGCAGAACUCGGAUUAAUAACAUUGAACAUACACAAUGUAAACAAAGACAAACCGGAAGUACACACAACUACAAAAGUAAACACAACUGCGAAAGUGCCAAACGAAUUCACACCUGAGGCAGAAGCCACUGAAUUCAUUCAAAGUCUGACAAAUGAGUACGAGGAUUUAUUCAGAGGAAUUGGGUGCCUGGAAAACUUCGAACAUAAGCUACACAUAGACCCUAACGUCAAGUCAGUUGCGCAACCAGAAAGGCGUAUACCAUUUCACAUCCGGGAGAAAGUAACUCACGAAAUGGACAAGUUAACAGAGCAAGGUAUCAUCGAACCCUAUUCUGGCCCAACUCUCUGGGUCUCGACCCUAGUCGUUGUACCAAAACCGAAGAACCCAGAAGAAACAAGAAUAUUUGUUGACAUGCGUAUGCCCAAUACAGCGAUAAUCCGUGAGCGCCAUCCCAUGCCUACUGCUGACGAACUUAUCCACAAGCUAAAUGGCGCAAAAGUCUUCUCAAAACUCGAUCUUCGCCACGGAUACCACCAAAUUCUCUUAGCUCCUGAGUCUCGUUACAUUACGACCUUUCGUACCCAUAAAGGACUGCACCGCUAUGUCCGACUUAACUAUGGCACAUCGGCAGCAUCAGAAGUUUUCCAGUAUGCUAUAAGCCAAGCCAUUGCUGGCAUUGACGGAGUUGUCAACAUCAGUGACGAUAUACUCAUGUUCGGUAAAACACAGCUUGAUCAUGACACAGCCCUUAAAACUGUAUUUGAGCGAUUGCGACAAGUCGGCCUCACCCCCAACAAAUCGAAAUGUGCUUAUAACAAGGGUACAUUGGAGUUCUUUGGCAUGAUUUUCUCAGCAGAUGGCGUCAGCCCGGACCCAAAGAAAAUAGAAGCUAUCGUCAAUGCUCCCCGUCCAACCAAUGUGAGUGGAGUCCGCAGCCUGCUGGGUGUGACGAAUUACUGUUCAAAGUUUAUUGCAAACUAUGCAAGCAUUACAACGCCCCUUCGACAACUCACAAAGAAAAAUGCGAAGUUCCAGUGGCUACCAGUCCAUGAAAAUGCCUGGAAAACACUAACAAAAGCUCUGACUUCAGCUCCAGUUAUGGCAUACUUUGAUAUUACCAAAUGCACAGAACUCAUAGUCGAUGCUAGUCCAACUGGUUUGAAUGCUAUAUUACAGCAGCAUACGCCAGGAAACGAAGACCACAAAGUGAUUGCCUAUGCAAGUCGAGCACUCAGUCCCGUCGAACAAAGAUACAGUCAAACCGAACGUGAAGCCGUCACCAUUGUUUGGGCAAUGGAAAGAUUUCAUAUUUAUACAUAUGGAACAGAAUUUGUACUGUAUACAGAUCACAAACCAUUAGAGUUGAUCUGCAAUAACCCUAAGUCCAAAUCUCCUGCACGGAUCGAGCGAUGGUUCCUACGUCUUCACAUAUACCGUUUUCGAGUCCAAUAUAGCCACGGGAAGGACAAUCCCUCAGAUUAUAUGUCUCGACACCCCCUGAACACAAGUGCAACACAUCGUCAAGGCGAGUUAGCAGAAGA